UCGCUCGGAGAAGUUGUGCUCGACUGUGCUGUCUCACCGGUAGGGCCGAGAAGCCAGCGGGACUCGCGUGCGGUCGAAUCUGCAGCGUCGGACCUGCCUCCGCUAUGGAGUACCUCAUCGGCAUCCAGGGCCCGGACUACGUCCUGGUCGCCUCCGACAGGGUGGCCGCCAGCAAUAUUGUCCAGAUGAAGGACGAUCACGACAAGAUGUUUAAGAUGAGUGAAAAAAUCUUGCUUCUAUGUGUUGGAGAGGCUGGUGACACUGUGCAAUUUGCAGAAUAUAUUCAGAAAAAUGUGCAGCUUUAUAAGAUGCGAAAUGGCUAUGAGUUGUCUCCCACAGCAGCAGCUAAUUUCACUCGCCGAAACCUGGCUGACUGUCUGCGGAGUCGGACUCCGUACCACGUCAACCUGCUCCUGGCUGGCUAUGAUGAGCACGAGGGCCCAGCACUCUACUACAUGGACUACCUGGCAGCCUUGGCCAAAGCCCCUUUUGCAGCCCAUGGCUACGGUGCCUUCCUGACUCUCAGUAUUCUGGAUCGAUACUAUACACCAACCAUCUCACGUGAGAGGGCAGUGGAGCUUCUCAGGAAAUGUCUAGAGGAGCUCCAGAAGCGCUUCAUCCUGAAUCUGCCAGCCUUCAGCGUUCGGGUCAUCGACAAAAACGGCAUCCAUGACCUGGAGAACAUUUCCUUCUCUAAACAGGGAUCCUAACACUCUGCCCUCCACCCCACUUGCCAGGGACUUUUUUGGAUGGGUUCCUUUAUUUUUUUUCUACUCUUUUGACAUGCACUCUUGAUAGAUGACUAAUUCCAAAUAAAGCUGCAUAUGGAUACAUUGAA